AUGGCGCUCAAUCCGCAGAUAACCAACCUGGCCAUCAUCCUGUUCAUGAUGCAGGCCUCGAAGAAGAUCCCGUUUGACGAUCCGAACGUACUAAACGGCAUCCGCGCCCUCUACGUCUUGUCGAACUUGAUUAUUGCGGGCAUAUAUGUCUAUAUCAUGCAGCAGAUCAACAAGAAGAAAGAUAUGACCGUCCUCAAAUACGUCGAGCCAGCCCCCAUGGGCUCCGCCGAAGAGCCCAAGUCCGUCAUCACCACCGUCCACGCCUACGACAUGCAACAGUGCCGCGCCCUCUUCAAGUCGCAGCUCAUGGGCGUCGGCAUGAUGGCCGUCAUGCACCUCUAUUUCAAGUACACGAACCCGCUUAUCAUCCAGUCCAUCAUCCCGCUCAAGGGCGCCUUCGAGGGCAAUCUGGCCAAGAUACAUCUGUUGGGCAAGCCGGCUUUGGGCGAUUUGAAGAGGCCGUGGAAGGCUGCCGGUGGCUUCUUGAGUGGGCUGCAGGGCGGUGAGAUCAAGACGGACAAGAAGAGCAUCGAGACUGCUGAAAGGGCUGGCCGUGGUGGCGCGAAGGAGGAAUAA